AUGGCAGACAUUUUGGAUGAAGAAGAGCGCAGGGUUCUUGAAGAACUCAGACGUAAACUAGCAGAGUUAAGAAGUAAUGGUAACAUUUUGGAUGAAGAAGAGCGCAGGGUUCUUGAAGAACUCAGACGUAAACUAGCAGAGUUAAGAAGUAAAGGUAAAGCAAAAGAGCAGGAAUGGUUGCUGUCAGCCACGUUGGAGGAAACCCUUGGGGAUAUGAGUCAAUCAAGAAAGAUUCUGGAACAAGCAGUUUCUAUGUUCCCGGCGCACGUGGGUCUGUGGCUUUGUCUGGCGGCUUGCCAAGAAAAACUGACCGGACAUCCAGGCGCCGGAAGGGCCGUUUUAGAGAGGGCGCGUACUCAGAAUCCUAGGAGUGAAGAUAUUUGGGCAGCGUCAAUUGAUUUUGAACUGCGUCUGGGUAACCGGAAAGAAGCCGGAAGGGUUGCAGCUAGGGCCGUUCAACGGAUCCCGGAAAGUCGCCGGCUUUGGGCGGAGCAGGUGAUGACCGAUCCGACGGAAGAAUGGUGGUGUAAAGCAAGUUACUUGUGGAGGAAAUUCGGUGCAGAGAAUCCGGAUGCGCACCUCUUCGCAGCUAUCGGAAGGAGAUUUUGGGAGAAGGAAGAAAUUGAUCUGGCUAGAGAGUGUUUUGAUGUCGCCGUCGAUCUUGAUCCAAUCAAUGGUGAUUAUUGGGGGUAUUACUAUCUUUUUGAGAUGCAAACCGGCAAUGAGGAGCAGAGGGUAAAUGUGUUGAAUCGGUGUGUUCAGGCAAAUCCUAAGACAGGACUCCUAUGGGACUUGAUUAAAUCUGAGAAUUGGGCAGAUAGUACAGAAGAUCUGCUGACAAAGCUUGCGGUCAAAUUACAGGGGAGGGUCAUCUUGAAUGGGAUGCUAGUUUAAAGACUGGAUUACAUGCUAGUUUGUUUUGUUCCUCAAUUUCCAUGUUGCUAGUUUUAAUUUCCCUGUUGUUGCUCUACAUUCUGCCCUAGUGUUUUUUCUUGAAUGAGAUUGUUGAGAUCAAUAUAGUGCGGCAUAUAUAUGGUGGAAUUUAAACAAUUGGAUUAAUAGGGUUGACUUGAGGAGUGGCUUGGACUUGAG